AUGCCAAGCUGUGUGGAUUCUAAACUUGCUGUAGGAUCUGAAGACCGAGUAUAUGAUCCUAGAAAGUUCUAUGCUUACGAGAAAGAAUUGAAGAAUUGUGAAAGCGAAUUACUUGAUCACUACUCUGAGCUUUCGCUUCGUUCUCUUCCAUUGCUUCUGAGUGAUUACUACAGUGAGAAUUUGAAUAGCAGAAUGCAAGGACGCGGUGGACCUGGUGGCAGAGAUCCUUUAGCUGACUUUCGUGGUUUUGGAGGCUUUGGACCUUCUAGGAGUUUGAUGUCAAGUAUGUUUGGAGGAAGGGAUCCAUUUGAUGAGCCUUUCUUCACCAGCCCUUUCGGAGGGAUGUUCCAGUCAAGUAUUAUGAGUGGUCCAUCUGGAUUUCCUUUUCCUCAGGAAAUGCAACGGCCUGGUUUUCCUUUUCCUCCGGAAAUGCAGGGGCCUGAUUUUCCUUUUGCGCAGAAUAUGCAGAUGCCUGGUUUUCCUUUUGCAUCGAAUAUGCUGUCAUCUGGGUUUCCUUUCGGCCCGGACAUGAAUCCAUCUGUGUUUCAUGAGCAUCAAGCUCGUGCUCCGGAGCCUAAUAGUCGAAGGGGCCCAAUCAUUCAGCAAUUGGAUUCUGAUGAUGAAAAUGAGGAUGAGACAGAAGAAAAGAAAGAAAAUCCAAAAAGGCAUAGAAGGUCAAGCGUUGAACCCUCUGUGGAACAUCCAGAUGAUGAACAUGAAGGGAAGAAGAUCAGACAUUUGCAGGGUAGAAAUGAGUUCAACAGUUUCCAUGCAACUGAGCUUCAGCCCCAAACACACAGCUUCUCCUUUCAGAGCUCGACAGUCAGCUAUGGUGGUCCAAAUGGAACAUAUUAUACUUCAUCAAAGUCCAGGAGGACUGGAAGUGACGGAGUGACACUUGAGGAGAGCAAGGAGGCUGAUAGCUCCACAAGGCAAGCUUCUCACAGGGUUUCUAGAGGCCUGCAUGACAAGGGGCAUACCCUCUCGAGAAAGCUUAAUCCAGAUGGUAAAGUGGAUACUAUGCAGACUUUACACAACAUUGAUGAAGACGAACUUGCUGGCUUUGAAGAAGAAUGGAAAGGAAAGGGUCAAAAGUAUUUACCUGGAUGGAGGGGGAGUAUUGGAGCAGGCCAUAGUAGACAAGCUGAGCAUGCUGGGCAGGGAGGUUUGCUGCUCCCUUCAUCGGAGCAUAGUCAUCCCGUGGGCUCGUCCCAAGGCAAAGUGGGUUCUUCUCGUGCUCGGGAGAGGGUGAGGACAGAUUCCAAUGGUAGGGGUGCAUACCACCCAGGAAGGCAGGGUCAAAAUUAA